AUGGCGCUUGUCGAAGUAACAAACAUAAUCUUUGAAAAUGAAUUGGCUUUGUUCUAAACUCCCAUAUCUAUGCAAAUAACCUUUGAAGUUCUUAAUGAUUUAACUGAUGAAAUAGAAUGGAAGUAAGAAAUUAAAAUUAAUUCAGUUUAAUUUAUAUUGGAUCUCCGUUGAGUGAGAAAUUUGACUAAGUCUUAGAUAAUUUUAGUAUGGGUCCAUUGUAAAGAGGAGUAAUGUAGUUCACAAUAACCAGUCAACCUCCUAAUUACUAAUUAAUACCAUCAAAGGAAGAUUUGUUUAGUGUAUCCGCCUUAAUAUUGACCGCCAAAUAUAGGUAAAAGGAAUUUUUUAGAGUUGGUUAUUAUGUCUAUAAUAAUUAUACAGAGGCAGAAUUGAUUGAAAAUGAGCCAUAAGUAGUAUUAAUAGAUAGAGUUUAUCGAUAAAUAAUGGGAAGUAAUCCUCGAAUAACAAAAUUUCCUAUAGAUUGGGAAGGAUAAUUAACCUAACUUUAUGUUCCACCAACCAAUUAAUAGUUUAUGUUUGAGUCUUUGAUUCAACAAUAGUAAGGUGGAGUUGGAAUGCAAACAGAGUAAAAUGAGCAAGUUUAAUAAGGAUAAUAGAGCAGCACAUUCACACAAAAUUUAUUUUGA